AAGCUUAGGUUUGUUCAUAGAUGGAGUUGCUGUAUUGUGAAACUGUAUUAUGUUUCAUAGCUGACCUCAAGAGUUAUACAUUUAUUGUAAAUUAAUAUUUAUAACGUUUGUUUUCUAUAAUCAAUCAUCUGUACAAUUUGUAAGAUACAUGUCUUUUUUAAAUGUUCUAAUUUUGUUGGGGUAACUUGCCAAUUAGACAUCUAAUUUCAAUUGAGUAUUGGCCAAUGGUAUUUAUUGCUUAUAUUUUAUAUAAGGAUUGAACCAUAAUAAAGAUUAAAAUGAAAACAGUUAUAGGUGACUGUUUUGUGAAUGACUGAAUGAAAAAGCAGAUGAAGUUCUUUUAGUCAUCUCUAUGUUAACUUAGAUAUAUAAUAUUUUAGCCUAGACUAAUCUGAAUUUUGAAAAUGAAACCCAUAUUUGGAUAGAUAUUCAAGUUAAGAAAAUAGAUUAUAAAAAUGAUCAAAACAAACAGCCUAUAAGCUAACUAAUUUUUAUAUACUAUAGCAUAAUGACCUUACACUUGUAUCCAAAAUGGGUAACUUUAUGCACUGGAAUGAAGUAAGUUAAGCUUAGUUAAAUUCAGAGUCUGUUUAAAUGCUUAUAUUCCUCAAAUAAUCAGUAAGAGGAAUAGUAACCGAGGUUAGGCUACCUAGCUAAUGCGUUGCAUUUCUUAGCCUUGGUUCACCCAAUAUUUAUAUUGGGUUUUAGAACACCAACAAUAAUAAUAUAAAAACACAUACUUUUCUGACAAUGUAACCUGAUAUUAGUACCAUGAAUUUUGGUGCUGAAAAUGUAAAAAAGUUAAUAGUCUUAUUAUAGACCAGAUAACCAGAAUUGAACCUAAGUUAAUACCCUCUUAACUUCAAAGAACUUUGAGUGCAGUAUAAUAAGCGGCGACCAACACAACCAUGUGAUGAUUAUUGAAUGAUAAGAAAUGAUCGAUAUUCUUGACCAUCCAAAGGACUGAAAGCAAAAUAUCAGACAAAAUAAUAUAAUAGAUGUUUUAAAGAACAUUACGUUUUUGCUAGUUUUCAAUCUUAAGAAAUUAAUAUUAAUAUAAUUUACAAAUUAAAAUAUAAUAUAUAAUUAAUAUAAAAAAACAAUAACAUUUACAUGCCUUAAAUAUUUCCAAGGAUACACAUAUGAAUGCUUGUGAAACAAAGAAGACAUGCACGUCACUGUUCUUGCCACCGUUAGUCAAUAACGAAACACAUGAUUUUACAGGGUGGCUAUCUGACACGAGGAAACCAGGAAUUUUCCUGAGAACCGGGAAAAUUUCAAAAACAAUUCUUUCAUCUAACUUUUUAAAAGAACUUGUAAAAUUAAGAUAUAAUCUGACAGCUUCUUAAAUCAAGAACUGCUUAAUCUCGAAACAUCAUAUUUUAUGCGAUGUGGUUCAUGAUAUUGUGAAUGAAGAUCGGCAUAUGUUCGUGCGCUCCAAUCUGAUGCCGGCUGAUCUAAGGUUACUUCCACUAGUGUAGUGGAUUUUAUCUUGGUUAGUUGUACUCCUGUACCGCGGCAAGCCUUCCUCCUCUCCCCAAAUAAAAAUACAUAAUGGCUUGGACAAUUGAAAUCGGCUGACCGUCAGAGUUUGGCCCUAAACAAGCAGUACACUGUAAAGCGGCAGAGCGGUAAUGACCACGAUACAAAAAGAAAAUUUUUGUACUUAAAUUAUUCAGUCGCCGAAGUGGGGUCUCUGGACGAAGUUGCCCAACUCUUAUUCUUGAAUGAAAAUAGUAUUUUGAAAAGACGUGUGUUAAAUAGGUAGCACAAGCCUAAAGUGUAUAGAGUUAUAAACAGGCUUAAGAGUUCGGUUCGUUGAAUACUUAUAAUUUUUGACAGCUUGAUAAGAGGCGCAACCCCUUUUUUUUAGUACACCAGAAUGCUUAUGUGGUACUGCCUGCUGCUGACGUCUGCCAUGGCUUGUGCAGUGUUCUCCAUAUGUACAACACAAACAUUAAACUUUAAGACACCACUCGAUCCAGCGCUCACAACUUACCGCUCGUAUCGCAGCCUAGACCUCAGUUGGUCUUUGAACGAUUGCUCCUCACAUUGCCGAACAUAACUGCCGUGUGUGAACAGGCAUUGUCUUGACUCCCAGAAAAACCAGAGAUAGAACUGUAUAAAGUACUUGUGACAGUUCUCGUGAGUAAACCUGCUUAUCUUGUUCACAUAAUGCUACAGUAUUUGUGCAAAUUCUCUCGCAACUUUACUUGCUAGUGUAAAAGCAACUUAAUGUUGUUGCCAGUCUACAGACAGCAGACGGCCAGCCGAUCGACUCAAACAAUGUUCAUCAAUUUCGUCGUUAGAUUCAAUUAAGAUAUAAUUACCGCAUCAAAGGGUUAACCCUGAGACAUGACAGAACUGCUCUACUAAUGAAAUGUUCUUUUUCUUUUUAACUUGACUAUAUCACUCUUAAAUAUGGGUUUCAUUUUUGUCUAAUUUGGAUAUAAAAAUUAAGUUAAUGUUCAUGUCGAAUAUGAUUAAAUUACCAAAUAAAAAUGUAUAUUGGCCUAGCCCUAAGAGUAAAUAAGGUUGAUUCCUAUUAAGUACUUAGUAAUUAGGUGUAACUUAGUACUUACUAAGUAAUUAUUAAUUACUAAUAAAGCCAAGUGCGAAAAACAGAAAAAUUGUGUUAAUGAAAAACAAAUGCCCAAAUAGGGUUCAUAUUGCGUCCACUUACAAUCAAUUGAAACAUAAUAAAUCAAUAUGCAGAUAACAAUGGGUCAGAAAAACAAAAACAUUUAUCUCCCAGUUUUAAAAUUUUAUCUUUAUACUUGAGAUCUACAAUUUCAGCCUCAGGGAGCCACAGUGAGGCCUAGGGUACACAUUGCUAAUCAAGUUCGACCGGAUUUGAAAUGCUUAAAUGUUCCGUUUUAAGUUAGUUUCUCAUUAUUGUUAAAUAUUCUUAACAUGUUUAAGUCUAGUCUGAAAUGGAGUUGUAAUACUCUUUUUACCUCUUUAAAGUAAUUUUUGUAUUAAUUUACUAUUUUAACUGCGGAGUAUAAUAUUUUUAAAAGAAUAUUUAGGUAUGCCUACAUAAAAAGUAGGUUACUAUGAUACCUCCUCAAUGAGUACUGGUGACACAUCUCAACAUAGGUUAGAUACCUGAGUUUGAACGUUAAUCAUAAAGUAACCUAAUAUAUUUACAAUAAUAGGAGAAGUUAUAUUAUAAUUUAGCUUAUUUAUUUCUGCGAUUAGAUGUAUAAAGUCAAUUAUUUACAAAUAAAACUUCCAGUUUUUGUAUAGAUAAGAACGAAAAAUGUACUGGUUAUUUUGUGCUCUUCAUCCAAACUGCAAUUUUGAAAAUUCAUAGCUAGAAAAAUUGUAAUCCAAUUAAGACAAAAUUUUUGUACAUGAUAGGUACAAGUGUGUACGGUUUUCGAGUAUUAAGUUUUAGGAGCUUAUAAAUAUAUAUGAAAAAAAUAUUAAAUUACCACCUUAACUUUAUUUUGACUGCACGGUUCAAAAAUUCGGUAUUAGUCUCCUGAUGGAGCUUCUUAAGUCCAUUAUCCUGGGCAUGUAAUUUUGUCAACCACAAGUUAAUUUAACAGAUUUAAUUGAGCAUAUUUUGUUAUUUUUACAUAACUGGCGUAUGCUAAUUUCAAUAUGUAAACGUCCAAGCUGCAUAGGGUAGUUGCCUAGAAAAUUCGCUUUUUUAAGUGGUUAGUAACAUAAAUAAGACAUUUUUAUCAUAUCAUGUGAAACAAUAAAUCUUUAUAACAAAUUUUUACUAGAAUGUUUAUCACGAACUCAACCUUUAAAACAAACUUUCAAAUUAAUCAUCUUAAAAUACUGGAAGUUUGCAAAGUAAAUAAUGACUAUGCUAUGUCUCUUGUAGCUUAAUGUCAUGAGGAUGUAUAAAAGACAUUGUAGCAUAACAAAAUGUUACAAAUGUGUUUUGUCACUCUUAUGAAGGGAAGCUAACAGACAGAAGGACAUUGCAUGACUCACAAUUCACCAGCCUCAGUUUUCAGAUCUCAUUGAUGAAAUUUGAUACCACAACAUUUUAUUUUUCACUUCAAUGAAACAAACCUCGUUCACAUGAAGUCUUACAAGCCUCUUUGAGAUUAAUGAAGGUAUUUUUAAGUUUUGUUGUAACAAUAUUUUAUUAGUAGAUAUUGCAAAAUAUAUUGACCUAUUGUUUUCAUGCAUAGUAAAUUUGCAGUGGUACCAACAAGUUUCUUUUUUGGUCAUCUGGUAUAGGAUUUUUAAAUGAUGAAGUGCACAACUAGCAAACAUCUGCAAUUACAUUUGACACUGCCACUUCUAGGGCGAAACAGUAUACAUUAUUGUUUUGAUAUCUUACAUAAAACAUUGCUUUUAGUUAUAAUUCCCAUUUCGUUUGUUUUAAUUUAUUUGAUUUUGAAUGUUUAUGUUGGUGCUGUUAUGUAUAACUGUCAACUUUAAAUUAAUUUUUAACAUAAAUAAUUUUAUUAAAAUAACCAUCAAAUAUUUUUUUAUCUUUUCUGAUUCUUUAUUUUAAUUUCUAAUAAUGUGGGUAUGAGGCCCAAUUUUUGUAUCUGGUCAUCUACUUAUAACUCAAGAUCAUAAAGCCACAAGUGAACACUUAUAUCCUCCUUAAGUUCAGCCUCACUACUUAGUGGCCAUCUUGACUAAAUUCCCUGAAAAAUCUCAGGUGAGAUAUGUUUGCUGUCUGUUCUUCCCAUGCUAAACUACUGUUUGGAAGCUCUCUCAACCUCUCCUCCUUAUUCCUGGUUUUGUAUGAUGCCAGGAAUGUAAAGGAUUCAUCAGAUUGUUCAAGAAUGAAGAUUGAUCGUGACACCAUUGAAAAUGAAGAUACAGUGUGAUAGUCACCACACAAUAGAACAGUUAAAACCCAUUUGUGAUAUCUGGUUGUUUUCGUGUGCGAAUACGAUAUCAUUAAAAUGGUCGGUGCGGAAUUCGGUUCUUGUCGUUACUUUCGUCCGACUGUGUUCGCGAACCCGCCGCCGCAAACCAAGCGUCGGUUCAAAUAUGUGUUCCGAAGAAAAUCCAAACGUGAUGUUACAUUGAACGGGCGUAUUCGUUGGACAAUUUUACAUAAACUGGGACUCAAACUUAUCGGCUCGGUGUAGUUUGUGCAAAUCACAACCAAAAUUGCGUUCGGAAGUGUCGUCGUAACUCGUCGCGCGGGUUGUCUGAGCGUGCUGCAUAGCCAUGGGUACAGCUGCUGACCAGUGGUGCUGCAUCCAAUUUCAUUGCAUGUCUGUCACCUUAAGCCAUGGCAUUGGAUACACUGCUCUUAAACUUUGGCAAUGUCCUCUCGGCGAAGGAGUCAGGAGCCCUCCCGUCUUCGGAUGGAUUCCUACUCAAACAACACUUCAUCUUCACCUCCUAGGCGCAGGGAGUUGGAUAACGUCAUGAAGAAAGCUCGUAAGGAGGGCCCUGAUAAGAGUGACUACUGGAAUAAGAAGCUUAUUGAAGUAGAAGAAAAGGACCCCAACAGGUGGAGGCACAGUGGUUUUAAGGAGUUAUAUGGCAGCAAAAGUCCUUCAGGAAGCAGGUCAAGAUCUCGAUCUCCGAACCGGACCAAUUGGCCUAAGACUCCACCUCCUCGUCCAAAGUCCCCACCCCUUAGCACUCGCCCACCUUCUCCUCCACGCAAGAGCAGCAGUAGCAAGGUAGACAAAGUGUCCUCAAGCACUUCUCGCAGCAAGAAUGAUCGUCCUAAAUCACCUCGCCCGAAGUCGCCCAGACCUAAAUCUCCGAGACCAAAAUCUCCAAAGCCCAAGGAUCCCAGAAGGCGGUCAAGAUCACCAAGGCCCAGGCCUAGAUCACCAUAUCAGAGACCGAGGUCACCAAAUGCCAGACCCAGAUCCCCCAACCCGAGACCAAGAUCUCCUAACACACGACCCAGAUCACCCAACAUUAGACCCAGGUCACCUAAUGCAAGACCAAGGUCACCCAACAUUAGACCGAGGUCACCUAACACAAGAGGAAGACCUAAAACACCCCCUGGUCGACCAAGAUCGUCCAUAUCCAAGCAAAGGAGACCUCCUUCUCCUCCUCCAAGGCGUCGCUCAGAGAGUGUAAGCGGCAGUUCAAUGAGCAGUUGUUCUGAUGAGUCCUGCUCGGUGUGUUCCCCUAAGAACAGAACGAGAGACCGAGGUCAUGCCAAGGACAAGGAGCGAGCAAGACCUCCAUCUCCUCGGCCACCUGUUACUCGUUCUAGAUCUCGUUCAUUCUCCGUACCACGCUCAAGACCAACCACUGUUGUCGAAAAGCCAAGGAGGAAAAACAAAAGUCGUAAAAGAGAAAAGGAAAAAGUUCUUAAGAUUGGCCGACGGCGAGGUAUCAAGGUUGAGUCGGAGUCAGAGAGGUCAAGCUCACCGUCCCCGGGACCGCGGCUCACACUGUCCGAGAGGUUCGGCAAGAUGGCACAGUUCAGUGUUGACCGGGACAUGGAACAUCGCAACUUACGGAUCACUGCUGGCGACCAGAUGACUGUCUUCAUGGAUAGUCCUCCAUCACCACCAAGCCUGUCAUCGUUCCCAGAGGGGUCUUGGGAUGACGUGCGGGUACGCUACACAUAUUAUAAGGAACAGGGCUACCUUCGAGACUUGACGCUUCAAGACUACGUCAAGUGGGAGGAGUGGUGGUACAAGUACCAGGAUUGGCUCAGCACUGAACGGUACUAUGAUAGGUACUCGAGCCCCUACAGACGAACCAGCCGACUGUAGGAAUACUUUCCAUCCAGAUCUUCAUUAGAAGACUCAGUAUUACCAUUAUUUUCAUCUAUUGUAAUUCAUGCCAGCUAAUUCUACAUAGUUUGUUGUUACAGUAACGCAUCUUAAAACAUUUAGUCAAAUAAAAUGCUCCAUUUUUGUUUAAGAUGAGGAAGCGUAGCUGUUGAACCUGUACAAGCUUAAUUUAUACACUUAUUACUUAAAAAAGACAGAAUUGAAAAGUCCAAUAAAUAAGUGUGCCAAUUGACCUUGUACCUAAAUGUUCAUAAAAUUAAUUGUAUUAUAUCUGAUUGUGGGGAAAUACAAUAUAUUACAAAGAGCAAAUUACGUAAUACAUGGACUAUUUGAAUUCAUUUUAAUAUUUUAUUUCAAAUAUAACACUUUAUUUUUUUUGCAGCAAUAAAUCUUCAAAACAAUGAUAAAUUCUAAUAGUUUUAUGGAAUUGUUUUGUAAACAUGGAAUUGGAAAAUUCAAUUAUUGAUUUUGAGAUGAGCAUAAAUCCUUUAGAUUUGAACAGAACAAAUUUGGUUUAGUAGUACUUUAUUAUUGAGAUUGUUGUAAAUAAAAAUUAAAUUAAACAGUUGAAAAAAUAGUUGUUAAAAUUUUAACAUUCAUGUGUUAUCAGCCUGUUCAUAAAAUUCACCAGGUUGUAGAAUCGAUAUUCCAGCACUCAACACUUAGAGAACCUCACUGUCUUCCACAGAUCCUCUCAAAAGGAAUUUCUGUAUAAUGCCUGCAUUCCCAAUAGGUUGAUUGGUUUCUUUCAAUUUUAAUUAUAGUUGUAUUGCACUUUUUAAAAAUUUUCUUCUCAAUGUCCACAGUGAUGACUUUUUUAUGAAGCAGGACUAUUCCUCUGUUUACUAUAUAUUUUUAUUAUAUCAUUGUAUCAGUUUUAAUUAUAGACUAUCUAUUACUAUAUUUUUAAUACUCAACAUAUUAUGUACAAUACAAAUAAGAACGUUUUGUAAUGAAUAAAUUUAGGUUCUUACAAGGAUUCCGAACCCAAUAGUGUAUCUGGAUAUGAAUUUUUGCUUGCAAACACAAUACAGGUAAUACACACUGUAAAGUAUGUUCUAGUUUAUUUUAAUUAUUUGGAAUUUAAGGCUUUGUAUUUCCUAAUUAUUCAUUCAGUUAUGCAUAUUCAAUUUGUUAGUAUAAUUAUUUUACAUUGGUAGUACAUAAGCUUUACUAACUAAAUGAAACAUCCUUUGGAACUCUGUAAUGGGUUAUUGGCAGCAAUUUUAUAAUUUUUAACAUGCCAAAAUAUGAAAAAGCACUUUAAAUAAAUCUAUAUGUAUCAAAUAAAAAUUAAAAAUGUUGAAAAGUUCAUUGGUCAUGUUAGUUUCCAUAUAAAGGAAAUACCUUUUUUUAAUUUGCUGUGCUUUUGUGUAGUAUUGAUGUACAGUGAAAUAAUUUGGAAUGGGAGGUUUCACAAACCUAUGUUUACUGUAGUAAUUUCGCUAUCAAGUUUAUUUAUAAGCAUAUUUAUUUUAAGAAUUUAAAUAUUUUUAGUUGCUUUGUUAUAGGUAUGCUUGCUGGAAUCUCAUGUAUAUAAUUAACUUUAGAUAAGUAGAAGAAAAUUAGCCGCUAUGUUUGGACUUGGAUGUAUUUUAGUUCCUUGUACAGCCACUACAAUUUUUAUUUUGCAUUUGCCUGUUAAUCUACUACUUACUUGUAUUCUUCAUGUGUCAUAUAACGUUUAUGUAUAUAUUUUUGUUUUUGUAUUCAAAUAUAUUAUGGUUUUGACUCA